AACUUUAAUCAAUCAAUCAGAAUGAGAAAAUUAAAACAUCAUAAUGUUCAUAUUAUACCCAUCUCUAACUUCAAUUAUUGCCGGACUAGUUGUUGUAAUUUGUGUAGUGAUCGCCGGAGGAGCUAAUGGGGAACACUUGAUCGGAGUGGGAAGCUACGACAUGACCGGUCCGGCAGAGGGAGUGAACAUGAUGGGUUAUGCUAAUUUGGAGCAGAAAACAGCAGGUAUACAUUUCAGGUUAAGAGCAAGGACUUUUAUUGUUGCUGAUGAGAACCCAAAAGGAGAAAGGUUUGCUUUUGUCAACCUUGAUGCUGGUAUGGCUUCCCAGCUUGUCACUAUUAAAGUUCUUGAGAAGCUCAAAUCAAGGUAUGGGGAUUUGUAUAACGAAGACAACAUAGCAAUCAGUGGGACACAUACUCAUGCUGGACCAGGGGGGUAUUUGCAAUACAUUAUAUACUCAGUUACUUCUUUUGGCUUUGUCCCACAAUCAUUUGAUGCCAUUGUUACUGCUAUUGUAAUGAGCAUAGCUCAGGCUCAUGAUAAUCUCAAACCUGGUUCCAUUUUCAUCAACCAAGGAGAUGUAGAGAAUGCAGGAAUAAAUAGAAGCCCCAGUGCAUACUUGUUCAACCCACCGGAGGAGAGAGCCAGAUACCAGAGGGAUGUUGAUCCGGAUAUGACACUGUUGAAGUUUGUGGAUGGAAAGAGUGGGAAGAGUAUUGGAGCGUUCAGUUGGUUCGCGACACACGGGACUUCAAUGAGCAGAGACAACAAGCUCAUCAGCGGAGACAACAAGGGUGCAGCCGCUAGGUUCUUCGAAGACUGGUUCACUUCCACCACCACUAAUUCCACCCUACUACCACCAUCCGCCUCCUCUACCACAUCCACCAAGAGAGGAUUGAGAAUCAAGAGCACGGGAGGACAACCUUGCACCAAAACAACAAGCCAAGGGUUCAAGGUGAGGAAGAAGGACAGCUCUUUAUUUGUUGGAGCAUUUUGCCAAUCAAACGUUGGAGAUGUCACCCCCAAUGUUCUUGGAGCCUUUUGCACUGACACCGGAAAACCAUGUGAUUUCAUCAGUUCAACCUGUCAUGGUGAUGACACUCUCUGUGUUGGUCGUGGGCCUGGGUAUCCAGAUGAAAUAUUGAGCACAAAGAUCAUAGGAGAGAGACAGUUUAAAAAGGCAGUUGAUCUAUUUACAACAGCUAAAGAUGAAAUAAGAGGGAAGAUAGAUUAUCGACAUGUUUAUCUGAAUUUCACAAAUCUAGAGGUGGAAUUAGAGGGGAAGGUAGUGAGAACAUGUCCUGCAGCCCUAGGCCCAAGUUUUGCUGCUGGAACUACUGAUGGACCUGGCAUUUUUGGUUUCAAACAAGGUGACACUGAGAUCAACGAGUUUUGGAAAAGGGUAAGAGAUUUCCUAAAGGAACCAAGUCAACUUCAGCUGGACUGCCAAGAGCCCAAGCCCGUUCUUCUUGACAUUGGGGAAAUGUUUGAACCCUAUGCUUGGGCUCCUGCAAUUCUCCCAAUUCAAAUGCUCAGGUUGGGCAAACUCAUCAUACUAUCUGUUCCAGGAGAGUUCACAACAAUGGCUGGCCGGCGACUUAGGGAGGCAGUUAAAGAGACACUGAUAAGUGAAGGGAACGGUGAAUUCAACAAUGAAACCCACAUUGUAAUAGCAGGCCUUACAAAUACUUACUCACAAUAUGUUGCAACUUUAGAGGAAUACAAGCAACAACGAUAUGAGGCUGCUUCAACACUCUAUGGUCCGCACACUUUAUCAGCAUAUAUCCAAGAGUUCAACAAAUUAGCAAAAGCUAUGGCAAAAGGAGAAAAGAUCGUCAAGAAACGCCCAUCACCCCCAGACCUAACCUCUUCUCAGCUCAGCUUCACACUUGGCCCAUUUGGCAACUCACCUCCCCCUGACAAAAAUUUAGGCGACUUGAAAGAAGACGUAACUUUACCCAAAAGUGGCUCAUUCAAAAAGGGAGAUAGACCAAGUGCCACAUUUUGGAGCGCCAACCCUAGAUAUGACCUAUUGACAGAAGGCACAUUUGCUGUCGUAGAGAUGCUUCAAGGGAAAAGAUGGGUUCCAGCUUAUGAUGAUGAUGAUUUCAGCUUAUAUUUUAAGUGGAACUUUGAUAACGUUAGCUUUUUUGGCUUAGGGACCGUUGAAUGGGAAGUGCCUACAGAGGCUAGCUCUGGGACUUAUCGGCUAAGGCACUUUGGUUCAGCAAAUGAAACAGAGAAAUCACCCACCAAAUACUUUACCGGGACGUCUAGUUCAUUUACAGUAUCUUAAUAAAACAAUGUAGCAGUGCAUCAAGCAAAAAUAAGAGCAGGUUAAUUUAUUGUAAGCACUCGUGUAAAUUUUAUUGUAAUCAACACCAAAAGCCAUAGAUCUUAUGAAGCAUACAAUAAGAUAAGAGAUGUCCCAAGGGAAGACACAGAAUAACAUCAGAGGGACAUACUCAUUUGUUCAUCCAAAUCACACAUCGGAGACAUUUUCCUUCAAGAAGUAAAUCAAAAGCUUUGUUGAUGUCUUCAAAGCUCAUCUCAUGU